AUAAAUAAAUAAAAAACAGAACAACACACAAUUAUGAUGGCUACUGCUACACAACAACAUCAGCAACAACAUUCCAAAGAAUUUAAAACAAAUGUUAUGAAUAAUGAUGAUAAUAAUAUUGUUGAUGCAGUAACAGCAACAACAACAGCAACAUCAGCAGCAGCACCAGCGUCUACAACUUUAGCUGAUAUUUCAGGUCUGCUCUCAACCACUUCAGCUUCUAUAGAAAAAUCUUUGGCGACCAUGGAAUUGCAAUAUUUUAAGGCUGUCUCGCUAUAUCGACGUCGAAAUUAUGAAAAAUGUGUUGAGGUGUGCAAUGCAAUGUUACAAGCAGGUCACGAAAAUAAUGUCCAAAUGUUUAAUACACCACCGGAUGAAGAAGAGGAAAAUGGUAAUGCAGCAGCAGCAGUUGGUGCUGGUGAAGAGUUGUUGUUAUUGAACAAUAGCUAUGGCAGUAGUAGUGGUGGUGCUGGUACUGGUCCAGGUACUGGUAGUAGUGGUGCCGGUAUAAGUAACAACAGUAGCAUUCAAAGAUACAGUAGCAAUUUGCAACGCAUGGCCGUCAGGCAGGGUGGACGCCAACGUGGCAUUUAUGGCAACAAUGUUUCAUCUUCUUCUGCCGCCAAUAGCACUGCAGCUGCUUCUUCUUCGACGUCGUCAUCGUCGACAUCAUCGUUUAGCAUCAUGCCCACGUGGAUGAUGGAAGGCGUUUGGCAAUUAAAAAUGCGCGCACUUACGCAACGCAUCUAUAUUGAUGACUUGGAAACCAAUGAUGCAGAUGAUGCCGUAAACGAGGAAGUGGAAUUUGAGCGUAUUGCCACAACAGCCAGACCCGGAACUUCAAUUAAAACUGCUUUUGUACCCAGGCCCAGUACAAGUACUUUAAGAGGCUCCACAGCCUCUAGUUUGUAUCAACGCAAAGCUGUAGGAACUGCCGAAAGUGUUAAUAGGCGGAUACUUACUUCAAGCAUGUCGCGGCCUACAUCGGGCAUGGCUCGUCCUGGCACUAGUGGCUUAAGCCGGCCCGGUUCCUCUUUGGGCAGCCGUCCAGCUUCACGCUGUGGUACUGCUUCACGUGUUAGAGCCAGCUCAGCGGCUGCUUUCAAUAUAGGCGAUAGCACGGCUCCCUUGUAUCAAGCAUCACGCCUAAAUCCCACCAUUUAUGCAGAGCGUAAAGUUUUAGUUAAAGCGCUCUUUCAAUUUCUCUACUAUCAUGAGGCAGAUGUUUUGAAGGCCUACUCCUUGUGUGAAGCUGUCAUGGAAGUGCAUAAACAAAAACGUGGCUCCUCCGCCUCUCUACGUUCGUUGGCCAAUUGUGAUGAAUGGUGGUGGCAACAGCAAAUGGGACGUUGUCUCUUAGCCUUAAAAUAUCCUCGAAAAGCUGAAUCCUAUUUACAGCAAUCGUUGAAUGCCUUUCCACAUCCUGAUACUUAUAUUUUACUUUCGCGUUUGUAUCAGCGUUUAGAGCAGACAGAAAGGGCUAUGGAUUUGAUACAGACUGCCGUGGAUAAACAUCCGUUUGAUGUUACUUUUCGCAUCGAACAGGGUCGUUUGUUGGAUGAAAUGUCUAAGCAGGAUGAUGCCAUGCAAAUGUAUCGUUUGAUAUCGAAAUUAAAUCCCAUAAAUGUUGAGGCCUUGGCCUGCAUAGCCUUGAAUUACUUUUACGAUAACAAUCCGGAAAUGGCUUUGAUGUAUUAUAGACGCAUUCUUUCAUUGGGCGUCCAUUCGGCAGAGCUGUACUGCAACAUUGCUUUGUGUUGUCUCUAUGGCGGUCAAAUCGAUCUGGUUUUACCAUGUUUUCAAAGAGCUUUAGCAGCCGCCAAGUCAUCUGAACAAAAAGCUGACAUUUGGUAUAAUCUUAGUUUUGUGGCCAUUACCACCGGCGAUUUUAAUUUGGCCAAGCGUUGCCUACAGCUCUGUCUCACUUCAGAUGCUCGCAAUGGUGCCGCUUUAAAUAAUUUGGCAGUUUUGGCCGCUUAUACUGGUGAUGUUUUGAAAGCUAAAUCGUACCUGAAUGCUGCCAAGGAUGUGUUGGUAGAAUCAAUGGAAAUUGAGAAUAAUUUGAAAUAUAUGAAUGAUCAUUAUAAAUUGUAA